UUUCGUCAUCUUUUUUCAAACAAAAGAAAAAAAAAGAAAUUUCUGUCACGGGAAGUGUGUGGGGGAAGAGAGAGAGGAGAGAAGAAGAAGAAGAACAACAACAACAAAAUCACUGAUUAACAGAAAAUAAAGCAGAGGAAAUAUGAUAAGAUUAGAGAGAAAGAGUCUAAUAAUCUGCAUAGUUGUGGGUUUUUUAGGGCUUCUUGCAGCUGUUCUUGGUUUUGCUGCUGAGGGUAAAAGAAUCAAAGCUUCCGAAGUUAGCGAGAUUCAACCUGGUCUUUGUUCUUACCCAAGGAGUCCAGCUUAUGCGCUAGGGAUCAUUGCAGCACUUUCCCUUCUGGUUGCCCACAUUGUUAUUAAUGUUGCUAGCGGUUGCAUUUGUUGCCGAAGAAAUCCCUAUACUUCAGCUACUCAUUGGACACUUUCCCUUGUUUGCUUCAUUAUGUCCUGGUUUACAUUUGUCGUUGCCUUUCUCCUACUUCUUGGUGGUGCAGCCCUUAAUGAUCAGCAUGGCGUAGAAAACGAGUACUUUAGCUAUUAUUACUGCUAUGUUGUCAAGCCUGGAGUCUUUGCUGUGUCUGCUGCCUUAUGCCUUGCUAGUGUCACCCUUGGCAUAUUUUAUUACCUCACCAUAUCGUCUGGAAAGGAAACUCCAUUUGGAGGCCCUGCUGCUCCAAAUCAGACCGGCAUCGCUAUGGGACAAGCUCAGGUCCCUCCGACCUCUCAUGACCCUGUGUUUGUGCACGAAGAUACAUAUGUGAGGCGACAAUUCACCUGACCUGUUAAUCCAAAGUUGGCACAUUUUUUCCGAAUCUGCUACUAUUGACGGUCUGAAUUUCCAGUGCCAUGAGAGGAUAGAUAGGUUUUUUGACAUUUUUCAGGUUUAUUGUUCCCCCAUUCCUCAGGAAGUGAGAGAGAGCAAGCUAGUUGGAGCUCUAGCUUGGAAGUUGAAACCCUAAAGCUAGAUGUUGUACAUAAUUUUGGGGUUCUAUAAAUGAUUGUUAAGUAGUACUAUUUUUGUAUUUUGUCACUUCUAGCAUACUAAAAACUUAAUUGAAGCUCAAAACUAGCUACAAUUCGUUUCGAUA